AUGUCGGCCAUCAACAUAAAUUCAAAGGAGCAAUUCUACCAGCUACUUCAAUCUUCCCGCGUCGUCGUCGCCGAUUUUUACGCCGAUUGGUGUGGACCAUGCAAAGCCAUUGCCCCCGUUUACGACUCCCUGGCUCGUCAGCUGUCCCGUCCAAACCAAAUCACAUUCACCAAGAUCAACGGUGAUCAACAGCAGGAAUUGGCGCAGGCGUAUGGAGUGAGAGCAUACCCGACCUUCCUCGUCUUCGAGAACGGCCGCAAGACCCAAACCGUCACCGGCGCAGACCCCCGCCGCCUGAACGAAGUCAUUCAGAAACUCGCCUCCGAAGCCACGAAGUCCGACGGCGCAGCAGCUGGCGAUGGCGAAUCUAGCGGAGCAUCAAGCUGGCUCGGUGCCACCGUGGCCAAGGGCUAUGCCGAUGUGACCGACCAAGUUGACGUGAUGGGAUUGGAGCUUCUGAACCGGGACAGCGAGCGGGGCGAGGCGCGCGUGCUUUUCGCAGGCAACAAGCCGUCCGGACUUGCGGGCAAGGGCAAAGGGAAGGCCGAGGGAAAGGCGGAUUGGGUGGAGAGUGAUACAGAUGAGCAGCUUAUGCUCUACGUCCCGCUUCAGUCGACGGUGAAGGUGCACUCUUUGCAUAUUACCUCUUUUGCGGUCGCUGAUGAGGACGAUGACGAGGCGCCCAUGCGGCCGAAGACUAUCAAGCUUUAUGUCAAUCGGUCGCAUGUCCUUGGUUUUGACGAGGCGGAGGAUAUUCCGGCAGUGCAGACUGUGGACAUCAAGGAAGAGGACUGGGAUGCGAAGACGGGGACUGCUCGAGUUGAUUUGCGAUUUGUCAAGUUCCAGAACGUGACAUCUUUGGUGCUGUUCUUUGUGGAUGGAGAUGGGGAUAGUGAGAAGCUGCGCGUGGAUCGGGUUCGCAUUAUCGGCGACGCAGGUGAGAAGCGGGCGAUGGGCAAGUUGGAGAAGAUUGGCGAUGAGCCUGGUGAGUAG